CUCGACUUGCGCACUUUGACGGACUUUCGGUGUGUGAACCAGAGAGCUAUGCAAGUCGUGGACUCCAUCUUUCCGUACAAUGCCAUCAUCAAGCACGUACGCAAUGCGCUGCGCGGGAUCCUCAGCAUCGAAACGGGCCGUUGGAUCACCUGCGAGGCGCUCUUUGAGACGCUAUGCACGCCGCAAUGCGAGAGUUGUGGUGCCUUUGGCGGAUACCUCUAUCUGAUCACGUGUAAGCGCGUCUGCUAUCGCUGCUAA